CUUUGUUCUGAAGGUUCAAAAUGGCAGACGAGUUGAGAUUCGAUGGCCGUGUAGUUCUUGUAACAGGGGCAGGAGGAGGGCUCGGGAAGGAGUAUGCACUCGCCUUCGCUUCCAGAGGCGCCUCGGUUGUUGUCAAUGAUCUUGGUGGAGACGCAAAGGGCGGAGGAAAAAGCAGUGCAGCGGCCGACAAGGUUGUUGAAGAGAUCCGCUCUAGUGGAGGAAAAGCGGUAGCUGAUUACAACUCCGUGGAAGACGGCGAAAAAGUUAUACAAACGGCAUUAGAUGCAUUUGGUCGGAUUGAUGUCCUCAUCAACAACGCUGGGAUUCUUAGAGAUCGAUCGUUCGGUCGCAUAAGUGAUGUCGAUUGGGAUCUCGUCCACCGUGUUCACCUCCGAGGAUCGUUCAAAGUGACCCGAGCAGCUUGGCCUCAUAUGCGAAAACAGAAGUAUGGUAAGAUCAUUAUGACUUCCUCAACCUCUGGUGUGUUAGGGAAUUUUGGUCAAGCGAACUACAGCGCAGCUAAAAUGGGUCUUAUUGGUCUAACUAACACAUUGGCCAUUGAAGGAGAAAAGUAUAAUGUGGUCUGUAAUACUAUUGUUCCAACUGCUGGAUCAAGGUUGACUAAGGGAAUACUGCCCCCUGAUGUCUUUGACGCCCUUAAACCAGAGUAUGUUGCUCCUUUUGUUGUGUAUCUUUGCCAUGAGAGCUGUCCAGAGAGUGGUGGUGUCUUUGAGAUGGCUUCAGGUUGGGGGGCACAGUUAAGGUGGCAGGAGAGUUCAGGGGCAAUGCUAAGAAAAGGUGGUGUUACUGUGACACCAGAGAUGGUGAGAGACAACUGGGGUAAGAUCACUGACUGGUCUGGUCCUGUGAAGCCAAAGUUAAGGGGUGAUGCCAUGACUGAUCUGAUCCCAAUAAUCCAAGAAGCUAACACAACAGUACCAGAAAGUGGAAAAGCUUCAAGCAAAACACUGGAAAUUCGAGAGUCACAGUGUACUUUUGAAGCCAAGGAUGUGAUCCUGUAUGCACUUGGGGUUGGGGUCACUGUGCAGGAAGACUCAUCUCACCUUAAGUUUCUUUAUGAGGGAUGUGAUGACUUUUGCACCUUACCUACCUUUGGAGUAAUUCCAGCUCAGUCAGCAAUGAAUACUGUUAUUGUGAGAGCAGUGGAGCAAGCUGGACUUCCUUUUAAUCCAGCAAAGCUCCUCCAUGGGGAACAGUAUCUGGAACUUUAUAAACCCUUGCCUACUUCAGGAACCUUGACAAGCAAAGGAGAGGUUGCUGACAUCCUUGACAAAGGGAAAGGAGCCAUAGUGCUGGUGAACAUCACUAGUUAUGACAGCAGUGGUGAAGCAGUGUGUUUCAAUCAAUUCUCCAUCUAUAUUGGUGGUGCUGGGGGGUUUGGAGGAAAAAAGCGCUCAGAGCAUUCCAAGCCUCUCGUUACAAUGCCAGCCCGUGCACCUGAUGCCAGUGUCAGGGAGAAGACUGACAUUUCUGUAGCAGCAAUUUAUCGGUUGAGUGGUGAUCUAAAUCCAAUACAUAUUGAUCCAGAUUUUGCCCAGUUAGGAGGUUUUUCCCGCCCUAUCCUUCACGGUCUUAGUACAUUUGGUCACGCUGCUCGUCAUGUGCUGAAGCAGUAUGCAAACAAUGAUGUUAGCAAAUUCAAGGCCAUUAAAGCAAGGUUUUCUAAACCUGUUUUCCCUGGUCAGACACUGCAGACUGACAUGUGGCGCGAUGGCAACAGGAUUUCAUUUCAGUGCAAAGUGGUUGAAAAUGGUAAUGUGGUGCUGUCAGGGGCAUAUAUUGACUUGAAGGAUGUCGAUGUUGCUGUAAAGAAAGUGCCAGACAUAAAUGCAUUGGUGUCCCACCCAAGCAAAUCAGGCCUUAAGAGUGAAGCUCUGUUUAAUGAGAUCAGCAAACGAGUCUCAGACCACCCAGAACUUGUCAAGAAGGUCAAAGGUGUCUUUGAAUGGAACGUGACAAAAGGGGGGAAGACUGCUGGUCAGUGGACUGUGGACCUUAAGAGUGGAUCUGGGUCUGUGACAGUGGGUCCUUACAAGCAAGGCAAGCCAGACUGUAGUAUAACUGUGGAAGAUGACGACCUUUCCUCCAUGGCGACGGGAAAGUCAAACCCUCAACAGUUGUUUAUGAAGGGGAAGUUGAAAGUGAAAGGAAACAUCAUGCUCACUGCAAAAUUGGCUCAGUUGUUUAAGGAUAAUGCCAAAAUGUAAUGGCAAAGAAAAAGUGAUGAGAACAUGACUAUUGUGUGAUUGAAGAUAGAGUUAAUAUUGCAAAAAAAAAUUGUGUAGCUCUUCAUCUUAAUGAAUAACAGUGACUACCUACAUCUUUAAAUAAAUGAUUACAUUUUUGGAAAGGGAGGUAUUGUAGGUUCCCUUUGAGAUCUAAGUUUGACCUUUAAGUCAAAGUAGCUUUCGACAGUCUCAAUGAGGCCGAUUUAAUUUAUCAAUUCAGUUGAUAAAACUUAUAAUUGAUCAAAGCACUGGAAGUUGUUCAGUAUGGUUAGCUUGCUUGUUGACAUACUUACCAAAAGGUGCACCCUGAUCUGCGAGACAACUGGUAAUUUACUGAAGUUUCACCCUGUUCCAAAUAUUAUUUUAUACCAUGAUAUUCCUGAUGGUUUUGGGUGUACUAUAUUAUGUAGUUUUCCACGGUUCGGAGUUAACAUUCAUUGGUGAUUAUAAUAGUUCCUUUGUAGUAUUAUUUCCAAUUUUUAAGGCUCUAACGGGAGAUUUUUUUCACAAUAAAUACGA